AUGUUUGUAAUGGUUUUCAUCACACAAAAGGCUCGUAUCACGAACCCAAACAUCCGCCUUUUGCGGGUGAGCUGCACAGCAUGCACGACGGAGGAGGAAUUCAACUGGGGAUGGAGGCUACGAUCUAGUGGUGGUGUACCGCUCCGCUGUAUUCCACUUCGAGGAACGCGAACGUAUUCGUGGGGCACCAAGUGGUCUGCUGUAGUGCCCAUGGUAGCACAGCCGCGUACAGACGGCGGGGGCAGCCCCUUCCACAUGAACGGUGGUUUUGAUCCUCGCCUACCAGAGCGUGCAGGUGCUAUUGCACAAAAUUGGGCUCUUCGCUCCUCCGAGGCCCGACGCCACCUCUUCACCGAGGCUGACCGCUACUGCGACUUCAUCAUUGUGGACUAUAUAGACACUUACAUCAACCUUACCUACAAACUCAUCACCAGUCGCCGCUGGGUCUCAGCAUUUUGUAGAGACUUAUUGAUGUCUACCUUCUGUUCAUGCAAAGUCACAUUACCAAUGUUGAGGGCAAUAGUAUCCUGUGUCAGCUUUUGGCUGUUUCAAUCUUGUCUCAGAAUAGUACUACUUGGAAUGAAUAAUAUGAUCUUUGAAGAGUAUGUCGACACAGCAAUAUUCGUAACAUGCUUGUGUGGGGAACACAUCGACAGAAGACAUUCCCUACAUAAGUUAAUAAAGCAACCAAAAAAGUAA